AUGGCGAUAGACCUUGGUGACCAAGGGAACGGGUUCCGUCACAAUGAUGUGAUCAGAUUCAUUAAUAGUGAGGUUUACAAUAAUGGCGGCGGGCCGGACUUUUACUUGGCCUUGAGAUCGCGGCCCUGGAACGAGGUAGAGGAUCGGCUUCAAGCCAUCCUGACCAACCCGCAGAUGCCUCGUUCUCUGAAAAGGGCCAGCACUUGGAGCGCACUAGCCUUGAGCGUGCGUUUGGGCGCCCAGCAGCGCGAACAGCAGAUGCGCCGGAUUGGGCGGCUUCAGGAGCAGAUGGAGCAGCGCCAGACCGCAUCUUGGGCCCUGUCUUCCGAGCUGCAGCAACUGCGUGACGAGCAUGAGGAGGUGAAUAAGCAACUGCAUUCCACCCAGGCUGCCCUGAAACAGACCCUGAAGGAGUGCGACAUACUGCACGAGCGGCUGAUCCAGGCACAAAGCUCAAUCCAGGAUGAUCCUCUGCCCCAAGAUGCCGCAUCUGGGGAUCAUGCUGAGCAGCAGGGGGCUGCAGCUUGGCCCCGGAAUGAGGAGAAUCAGGGCGAAGUGAUGGCCAUGGGCACGCAGAUGGCAGCCCCAGCAUCUCUGCUGUAUGUGCCGACCCAACCGGCUUGCUGGACCCAGCACAUGCAACCCCAUUUGGCGAUGCCGAUGGCGAUGCCAAUGCAGAUGCCAAUGCCACAGCCACACCCAUUCCAGCACCACGCUCUAUUCCCAGUGGGAUACCCAUAUUCCACACCGGUACCACUAGCAACCGUGGGUGCAGCAGCAGCAGUCCCACUUCAGAUGCCUCCUGCAGGGUUGCACUCAGUGGCCCAGUGGGGUGCAGUGGGAUCCCAGAAGAUGGCCCCGCUGUGGGACCAGAGCAGUUACAGCCAGGAGCAAGGUUUGGGGAACCCCCAGGGAACAGCCUCCCUGGAGGACAACAAGUGUCACAACCGGGAGGAAACUCCAGAGAAGUGUCAAGGGGCAACCCCCGUGGAAGACGGCAAAAACCUCAACCAGGAGAAUGCCCCCAUGGGGGACACCAAGAGCCAUAGCCAGGAGGAAGAAGAUCCAGAGAAGCCUCAGGGGAUGGACUCUCUGGGGGACAGCAAGAUCCCCAACAAGCAGGAUAAUUCAGAGCAGCCUCAGGGGAAGACACCCAUGGGGGACAGCAAGAGCCCCAGCCAGGAGGAAGAUCCAAAGGAGCCUCAAUGCACUGGCCCCUUGGGAGACAACAAGAUCCCCAGCCAGAAGGGUGCUUCAAAGAUGCCUCAGGCCACUGCCUCCAUCAAGGAAAGCCAGAGCCUCAGUCAGGAGGAAGAUGAAGAGAAGCCUCAGAGGAUGGACCCUCUGGGAGGUCCCACGAUCCCCAGCCAGAAAGAUAAUCUAGAGAAGCCUGGGGAAGUGGCCUCCAGAGGAGAUAGCCAUAGCUGUGAUGUGAGAGGCAGCCCAAAGAAACAGAAGCCUCAGGGGCAAAAGGCCAAGCCACCAAAUGGGAAAAAAGCCUCAGAAUCCCAACAAUGGGAGAAGCCUGCCCGUGGCAGUAGUACAGCCAUUUGGAAGUGCCAGUCAUGUGGAGGGAAGAAUUUUUCAUGGCGCAUGGCCUGCUAUAAAUGCAAGGAAGUCUACAGAACAGAUGACAGCAGAGACCUUGACCCAGGACAAGCUCCUCACUGA